CGCCCGUGUGAAAGUCUUUGUGCUUUUGCAGCCAGCGAGAGAAGAAGAAAACACGCACAGCUGGAUCCGAGGAGCAGAUCCCGUUAGCGGCUCCGCUGGCCGCGCAUCCCCGAGCAGACUUCCGUAAGCUGGUGGCGGAGCCGAGGAUGUCGCUGUGAUGAUGGAGGCUCCUGAAUACCUGGACCUGGACGAGAUCGACUUCUCUGACGACUCAGUGUACUCUGUGACGUCUCUGAAGAGCAUCCCCGAGUUGUCCAGGAGGAGCGAUGGGACGGCCGAGGAAAGGCCAGCUCCGGCCAUCAACUGGAGUCGCAGCCCCCCCUCCCACGGGGGAGGCGGUGGGGGGGGAAACAAACCCACGGGGCUGGCCGAGGCCCCCGGUAAGUUCCGUCCGGUGAAGCGCGUCUCCCCCCUCAAACACCAGCCGGAGACCAGCGACUGCGACCCGGACGCCAAGAGCCAGGAGCCGGCAGGGGGGGAGGAGGCCAGGGAGGAGGUGGGGGGCAAGGACGAUCCCUCCGCCGACAAACCCCCCCACGCCGCCUCCUCCUCCUCCUCGGGGCCGGGGGGGAAGCCCCCGGCUCUGUUCGGGGAGCUGGAGCACUACGACCUGGACAUGGACGAGAUCCUGGACGUCCCGUACAUCAAGUCCAGCCAGCAGAUGUCCACGCUGCCCCGCGUCCCCCACGACAAGCGCUCCGUGACGGGGAGCAACCUGGGGGGGGGGACCCUGGAGAGGAGAGGAGGAGGAGGAGGAGGGAUGAAGAUGCCCCAAGGCGAGCCUCUGAGCAGCAGCUCUCAGACUCAGUACUGCGUCCCGUCUCCGGUGAAGUGGUCCGACCUGAGGAAGUCCAAGUCCAUGGACCCGGACCUCCACCUCCUCCAUCGCUCCCCGGGUGCAGGAGGAGGCUUCAAGUCGGAGCUGCUCCCGUCGGGGCUCCUGGGCUCCUCCUCCAUCUCCUCUUUCUCUGACGCAGACAAGCUGCUGUCUGCUCGCGUCUACCCGGAAAGCCAGAGGCCGGGGGCGGAGCCUACGAGGCCGGGGGCGGAGCCUCAGGGAGUGAUGUUCCCCCCGCCGGGGAGCGGCGUGGGCAGGCAGGACGCCACCAUGCACUGGUCUUCUGGAGCGGGAGGAGGAGCAGGAGGGGGGCCGAGGGGGUUCGGAGGAGGAGCAGGAGGGGAGGUGGACGAGGAGACCAAGAAGAACCAGAACAUCAUCAACAUCGUCAGAGAGGGACAGAUCUCUCUGCUGCCUCACCUGGCGGCUGACAACCUGGAGCUGAUCCGAGACGAGGAGGGGAACAACCUGCUGCACCUCUCUGCCUGUCAGGGUCACGCUGAGUGUCUGCAGCACCUCACCUCCCUGAUGGGGGAGGACGGCCUCAACGAGCGCAACAACCAGCAGCUCACCCCCGCCGGCCUGGGGGUCAAGAACGGUCACCUGGAGUGUGUGAGGUGGAUGGUGAGCGAGACGGAGGCCAUCGCUGAGCUGAGCUGCACCAGAGAACAUCCCAGUCUGAUCCACUACGCCGGGCGCUAUGGACAGGAGAAGGUCCUGCUGUGGUUGCUUCAGUUCAUGCAGGAGCAGGCCAUCUCCCUGGACGAGGUCGACCAGAACGGAAACACCGCCGUCCACGUGGCGGCGCAGUGUGGACACCUCACCUGCCUGCAGACUCUGGUGGAGUACGGCUCCAACGUGACGGUGCAGAACCAGCAGGGGGAGCGGCCCUCCCAGAGUGCCGAGCGGCAGGGCCACUCCACGUGCGCCCGCUACCUGGUCGUCGUGGAGACCUGCAUGUCGUUGGCCUCGCAGGUGGUCAAGCUCACCAAGCAGCUUAACGAACAGGCGGCGGACAGGAUGACUCUGCAGAAACAGCUGCAGAGACUGAUGGACCCCAACAAGGGGGAGGGGACACCUUCCAGAUCGUCCAGCUCCCAUCAGCCCCCGGGGGAGGCGUGGCCUGAGAUGAUGUUGACGGCGGAGGGCACUCCGGGCGACGGGUGGUCGGUCCGUCAGGGGGGGGCGGGUCCAGACCCGGUGCUGCGGCCGCUGCUGGGGAAGGACCCGUCGGCGGGCGGCCCGGUCGCCCCCGGGGGGGCGGCGGGGGCCCGCAGGGCGGGGCUGGUGGAGCGGCGGGAGCUUAAGCUGGCGCGGCUCAAGCAGAUCAUGCAGCGCUCGCUGAGCGAGUCGGACUCGGACAGUUACCCGCCGGAGGAGGGCAAGAGCGCGCUGCGACCCGAUAGGCCGUCGCACCUGCCAAUCGCAGAGGAGGAGCCGGGCCUCAGCCAGCCGACCAAGAAGAACCUCCCCGUCUCCUCCUCCUCGUGUUCCACGGCCGAGAGGAAGCAGGCGUUUUCCCUCAGCGGGUCCAAGUCGGCAGACAGCGUCUGUCACAACCCCUCCCCCACCUCCAGCGACCCGGAGGCGGCCGACGGGAAGACGCCGGACGCCGCCUGCGACCACAACGGCCAGAAAGCCGCCACCAGCCCCAAGAGCGCCCUGAAGUCGCCCACGUCCCGCAGGAAGACGGCCCAGAACCUCAAGCUGAGGGUCACCUUUGACGAGCAGGUGCACAAGAGCUCCAAUCAGGAGGUGGAGCAGCCCAAGGUGCAUCAUGGGAAGGAGAGGACUCCAACGAGCACCGAGACCAAGCGUCCGUUCGGGGCGUUCCGCUCCAUCAUGGAGACGCUGAGCGGAAACACAAACCACAACAACAACAACAACAGUCAGCUGGGCCCCACCUGGCAGAACUCACCUGGCAGGAAGUCAGAGAGUAGAGGAGGGGGAGGAGCCAAGGUGAAGAGCAAAACCAGUAACGUUUAACCAAACCAGAGCCUGCUGGAGGACACGGGGGGAACUUCACAAACAAACAAAAUACAUCAAUACGCAAAAAGAACUUCAUUUAGAACCUUUCAAAUACAUCAAAUGGCUACACAAAUAAAAACCAGAUAAACAUCGAAAUAAAGUAAGAUUUGGGCAAAA